AAAAAAAAUCGAUGCAAAAGUGAUUGCAUAACAAAACUUUCGUUCUCGGUUUAGUUGCAAACUAUCAGCUGUUUGUAGUCGUACACUAAAGGUCAGAGAUAGAGAGCUCCCAGGCUCUCAUAGUGUCACAAUGGGACUGAUGAAGUGGGUCAAAGCGCUAUUUCGACCUAAUAAUUUUCAACCUGUUUCGAAAGCAGCUGAAGGCGCUGGGGCAGUGAAGAGAGUUCUUUCAGCUCAACCGCAAAGCAGUGGAUAUGCCACCGAAGCAACAUUCGAGACCAGGGCCUACAAGUUGCACCACCUGGAUAACGGCCCGGCGACCACCGUCUGUGUAAAUCGCGAUGAAGCGUUGAAAUACUAUGGCCAGAUGUACACAAUCCGUCGGAUGGAAACGGCCGCCGGCAAUCUGUACAAGGAGAAAAUCAUCCGAGGAUUCUGUCAUCUGUAUUCCGGCCAGGAGGCGUGCGCCGUUGGUAUGCGUGCGGCUAUGCGUCCGGAGGAUUCCUGCAUCACUGCCUACCGCUGCCACGGAUGGACCUAUCUGAUGGGUGUUUCCAUCCAAGGUGUUCUCGCUGAACUUACCGGAAGGCAGAGUGGCUCUGCUCGGGGAAAGGGUGGCAGUAUGCAUAUGUACGCAAAGAACUUCUACGGGGGCAAUGGCAUAGUCGGUGCGCAGGUCCCGCUGGGAGUUGGUAUUGCUUUCGCUGCAAAGUACAACGGAACGAACGGGGUUUGCAUUGCCGCCUAUGGAGAUGGUGCUGCCAAUCAGGGUCAAAUAUUCGAAGUUUACAACAUGGCCAAGCUGUGGAAGGUGCCAUGUAUAUUCGUGUGUGAGAAUAACGGUUAUGGCAUGGGAACCAGUGUGGAACGUGCUUCGGCCAAUGUAAACUAUUACACCAGAGGAGACACCGUUCCUGGCAUUUGGGUCGAUGGCAUGGAUGUGUUGGCAGUCCGGGAAGCUACCCGUUUCGCCAUUGAGCAUUGCAACAGUGGAAACGGCCCAAUCGUUCUGGAAACUGCUACCUACCGUUACUCGGGUCAUUCCAUGUCCGAUCCUGGUACAAGCUAUCGCUCCCGAGACGAAAUUGCCGAGGUUCGUCAAACUCGCGAUCCGAUUACCUCAUUCCGGGAGAAAAUUAUUACUGCCGAACUGGCUAACAUCGAUGAACUCAAAACAAUCGAAGCCAAGAUCCGAUCGGAGGUUGAUGCUGCCACAAAAGCUGCCAAAGCGGAGAAGGAAAUUUCGGUCGAUGAGCUGUGCGCGGACAUUUACGCUAAGCCGGACAAUACGAGCGCCAUCCGAAGCACAAUACCUCACGCCGAGUUGACCCACAAGCGCCUCGGUCAGGCUGUCAACCUGUAAAACCCGCGACAUUAAGGAAGCUCAACUGCCAAUCAAUCGGACAGUAUAAAGAAAAAACAAGUCAUACCUAAAAUCUCACGCAAAACUGAACUGUUUCAUUUAUUUAACUAAAAGCGAAAAACACGAAAGACAUCAGGACAUGUAAUCAUGCCAACAUCGACAAAAAAAACCAUUCUUACGCAACACAAGACGGGUUAUUUGUGGCAUUUAAUUUUUUGUCGUUCAUUUGUUGUCCCCAUAAUGCAAAUAAAUCUCAUUCAAAAUGGAACCUAAAA